AGUUUUUUAUUUGGAAAUUGUAAUGUAAACACAGGUCGGCUGCAGGGACGGCUGCCUCAUUCCUCAUACCUCACUCGUUCCCUGUGUGUAGACCGCCUCAGCCUCAUUGUUUACUAUACUAAAGUCCACUCCUGAGUCAGUAUUACAAAAAUGUCUGACUGAACAUGGCAUUAAAAAAUGGGUAGCAUAGUUUGGGCACGAGGGUUGAGUUCCCUUGGACUAGCAAGUGAAAUUGCAUGUAUUAGUUGUACUAAAUGGCCUGUUCACGUUUCAUCCAAGCCAUGUUUGCAAGAACUAAGAUACACACAUCACAGACGUUUACACAAGAGAUGCAAGUCCUCUGUUAUAUUUCUCAAGGAGGGUCAUUUACAAGAUGUAGAUGAUGAUCAUGGCAAUAAAAAGUUAUUAGAGGCGAUAAAAGAUGUGCCUGCGAGAAGUGCUGGUGGCGCUGAUCAUGGUAAAAGUGUUAAGGUACUGCUUAUUGAAAAAUCUUCCAAAUUGAAAGCUCUUGUAAGUAAGGAAGCACCACUGCUUCACCAUGCCCAUGCUGGUGCAGUGGUGGACGUGAGAAGUGAUUCUGCCCUUAAAGGUUACUCGACCAAUGAUCAUGGAGCAGUAGAAGUUCAUCUUCAGGUGGAGCAGCUCUUGAAGGAUUCUCGAACAUCCAUUCAGUCUGCUACAAAUAUACAGCCAUAUGAAGAUGUGGAAUAUUUGGAAGAAACACCUGACCGCACACGAGAAAGGACACAACUAGUGGGAGCUCUUCCUGCAGAAGCCCUGGACUGGAAACCUCAGCAACUUGACUUGAAAAAAUUAGGCUCUUAUUAUGCAGGUCUAUCCAAGAGUAGACUAACUGGUUUAGUGGUGGUAACAGCAGUAGCGGGAUAUGCCAUGGCUCCAGCCCCUCUGAACCUUGCCACACUAAUUCUCUGCUCCUUGGGUACUGGACUCACAUCUAGUGCUGCUAAUUCAGUUAAUCAAUUCUUCGAGGUUCCCUUUGAUUCUCAGAUGGAUCGUACCAAAAACAGAGUUUUGGUUAGAGGUUUGGUGACCCCUUUACAUGCCAUUUGUUUUGCUGUUGUGUGUAGCACAGCAGGCAUUGGCUUAUUGUACUUUGGAGCAAAUGGGGUUGCUGCCAGCCUUGGUGCUUUGAAUCUGGUGCUCUACACGUGUGUUUACACCCCCAUGAAGAGAGUGAGCAGUCUUAAUACUUGGGUGGGCGCUGUAGUUGGUGCUAUUCCACCGCUGAUUGGUUGGGCAAGUUGCACUGGAGGUUUGGAGGCUGGUGGAUGGAUUAUGGCAAGUAUCCUGUUUGCCUGGCAGUUUCCACACUUCAAUGCUCUAUCAUGGAAUCUACGACCUGAUUACUCUCGUGCUGGUUAUCGCAUGAUGUCAGUAACUAAUCCUGCUUUAUGCAGAAGGGUUGCUCUUCAAUACAGUGUAGCCAUGAUUGGAAUUUGUACUCUUGCGCCUGUGAUUGAUGUUACAACGUGGACAUUUGCUGUCGACUCAUUUCCACUAAAUGGUUAUCUUACUUACCUAGCUUGGAGGUUUUACAAAGAUGCUGAUAGCAAGAGCUCUAGAAAGUUGUUUUUGUUUACACUCCUCCAUCUGCCGGCAGUGAUGAUGCUAAUGAUCAUCAGCAAGAAACAUUACAGCAAAAAAAAUAACUUGGAUACAGAGAAUCCUGAUAAAUCUAUGAAUGAAAAAUCUGAAAGCAUAGGUAAAAUUUCUGAUUACGUGUUAAGCUAUUUAAAAAAAUAGUGUGCUGUAAUAGAUAACUCAUUUAUUUAUGAGUUAGUUUCUAUUAUAAUUGUAAAUAAUAUUUAAAUGAAACUUUUUAUCGAAUAAAAGUUUUCAAAUUUGA